UGCGCCAAGCUUGUAAAAAGACCAACCAUGGAGAAGGUGCUAUGCUUAAUGACGGUUGCUUUGAUCAUAGCAGUAGCUGAUGCAGGACAUCAAAGGAGCAAAAAACGAGCUAUCAAUCAAUCUGUAUCCAAUCCAUGUCAGAACGGAGGAACUUUCACCAACAACGACGGGUGUUUCACGUGUACGUGUGCUGAUGGAUGGGCAGGAGCCCUCUGUAAUGAAGUUGUUUCGGAACUUGCAUCGGGUAAACCUGUCAAGCAAUCAACAACGUAUUACUCCUCCUCUGCCAACUUCGCAGUUGAUGGCAACAAAGGUACAGACUUCUCCGUACACAAGUGUGCAUGCACAAAUGUUGGCGACCUAUUUCCCUGGUGGAGUGUGGAUCUGCAGGAUGUGUAUAACAUCACAUCAGUAAGAAUAAUCAAUAGAGGAAAGGACAGUUCGGGAAUUGAUGUGGCAGCCCGGUUGCGUUAUGUUAACGUCACUGUAGGGCAGACAGAAUCAGAUGUCAACACUCCGUGUGGUUUCUUUGCUGGUCCCGGUACUGCGUCACAGCUGGUCGUCAUCGACUGCCCGUCGUCACCACAGGGAAGAUUCGUAAAGAUCUUUGCCGAAACAGAGUAUCUUACACUUUGUGAAGUUGAAGUGUUUGGAUUUUAAGGCUUCUUAAGAUCACUGCUGUUGUCUAGCUUCAACGUUACCGUAUAUCGCUAAAUUGUAAUGAUAAUCCAAUUAAAGCAUAUUAUGAAA